UCACCCUUUCUCAAUUUCUCUCUCCUCCCUCUCUCUCUCUCUGGUUUUACUUUGUCGUCAACGAUCUUCUUUAAUUUCACCCUCUUAACCCCCCUUUAAAUAAAACCCUUCGUUUGCAAAAAAAAAAAACCUGUUACUUUCCUCACUUAAUCACUCACACCAUCUUCCCCUCUCUCUCUCCUCCGUCUCUCACUUUCUCUCUCCUCUUCCUCAGUCGUCGUCGUCGCUUCAGUGUCAUCGCCGAUUCCGCCUUCUGUAAACCUGCAUUACUGAUUCUCUCCUCGUUCGAUGUUCCCGAUUUCUAGGGUUUCCCGCAUUAUCUGAAAUUAAAACGAAAUUUAGGGUUUUUGUGUUUGAUAUUUCGCGAUUUUUUCUGCCCUAAUUAUGGAGGCUGCGGCCGCUGCUGGACGCGGCGUUUCGCUGUCUCAGGCGCCGUCUCAGUUGCCUUCUCGUAAGCAAUGGCGUGUCGUUUCGGAACACUCCGAUAGAAGCUCCGGAGCUGAGGACUUAGAAAGGUCGAAAUUAGGGCAAUCUGAUGAAAGGACCAUAUACGAGGGACAAGAGCCGAUUGGUGGGGUAGAAUACUGCUCGAUACAGAUGGACGGAAUUAUGGGUAUGGAUGACGGGAUUUUGCAGCAAAGAAUUCAUAGUCUGGCCAGACAUAGAGAAGAGAUGCAGCAAAUGGAGAAUGAGCUUAGGGCUCAGUUGAUUGUGAAAUCCGAGAUUGUGGAAAUGCAGAAUAGCUUUGAUGCGCGUUACAAAGAACAAGCCAAUGCUGUUGCAAGGCUCCAGGAACAACUUCACGAAAGAGACCAAUCGAUGCAUGAGCUUGAGAGGAAGAUAGAGGAGAAAGAUCGAGAGUUGCAUGCUGUGAGAUUGGAUAGCGAAGCAGCUUGGGCUAAGGAAGAUCUUCUAAGGGAGCAAAAACAAGAAAUAGCAAGCUUUCGGAGGGAGCGUGAUAACAUUGAAGCCGAGAGAGCCCAUCACAGACAACAGAUACAUGAUCUUCAAGAACAUAUUCAAGAUAAAGAGAGACAAGUGUCUGAGUUGCAAGAGCAGCAUAGGGUAGCUCAAGACACGAUCCUCUACAAGGAUGAACAGAUACGCGAUGCACAAGCUUGGAUGGCACGAGUGCAGGAAAUGGAUGUCUUGCAAUCAAGUACUUUGCAAGUUGAGCUACGGGAACGUACAGAGCAGUAUAACCAGCUCUGGGUGGGUUGUCAAAGACAGUUCCAAGAGAUGGAGAGGCUACACAUGCAGGCGAUUCAGCAGCUUCAGAUGGAGUUGGCUGGUGUUAGAGGAAAUAGCGUAACAUAUAAUGCUGAAAUACAUAAUACCUCUACUGAUAGCUCUCAAAGUGUAGCCAACAGUGGAAACCGUGUUGAAGCUAAUGGAGGUGGUACAUCGACUAAUUCUGGAAGUCAUCCCAAUGGGAAUUCUGAGAAUCCUCAAUCAUUUGUUUCUUCUGGCAAUGUUUCUACACAGACCAACCAUGCUCCUAGUCUUCCUCUCACUCCAUCCAUUUUGGGGAUGCCUUCGUAUCUUCCACCUGGACAGGUAACUGCUAUGCAUCCGUAUAUCAUGCAUCAACAAGGAGCUAAUCACUCUGUAGCAUCACACGUUCCGCAGUCCCAUGUUGGGCAUUUUCAAUCUGUAUCGGCAAUGACUUCUCUCCAACAGUGGCAGAAUCAACAGGCUGUAUCAGAAGAUCCUUCUGUCAACUCUCAGAACCUAUACUCUAUGUCCCAGGCUGAAGAAAACCCUUCAAGAUCAGAUUCGAAUUAUGGCUAUGAGUAUUCUGUCAAUGGACAAAGUCUGCAUCCUGAUUAUCUUAAUGGUCAUAUAAGCCAAGGAAUUGAUCCUCAUUGCCAAAUAACAUCUAAUGAGGCAGCGCAGACCCUGGAGUCUGUGGAGAAGAGCUAUUUUGUUGGCUCUGACCCCCAGCACAGUUUACAACAGAUCUCUUCACACUUCCAAGAAGCAUUGCGUUUGGACUCUCUCAAUCAAACCAGUGAAAUCAAGACUGAUGAGAAUGGCGCUGGCAACAUUUCCAACAGUGAGCCUGAAAUUCAAGAUGUGUUGACAGAGCAUCCUGGUUCUGCUAUUGAGCCAUCACCAUCUGAAUCGUCUGUUCACAAUGUGCACUUUUCUGAAGCUACAGUGAACAGUGCUGGUGACACUGUUUUGUCUGAGUCAUUUGUCUCAACUGAUCAGGCAGAUGGUUUGUCGAUUGGAAAAAUCCCUGAGUCUGCCCUCCUUGAGGAAGGAGCAUUAUUAGCUUGCAUUGUCCGAACUAUCCCAGCAGGAGGCAAAAUUCGUAUUAGUUCUACGCUUCCAAAUAGACUGGGGAAGAUGCUUGCACCUCUUCACUGGCAUGAUUACAAGAGGAAGUAUGGUAAACUUGAUGACUUUGUGAGCAGUCACCCUGAACUUUUUUUAAUUGAAGGGGAUUACAUUCAACUUCGAGAGGGUGCACAAGGAAUUAUUGCUGCUACAGCAGCAGUGGCAAAAGUCGCUGCAGCUGCUGCAGCAUCUUCUCCUUACUCAUCUUUUUUUCCUCCCGUGGCUGUUACACCUAUGGCUCAUGCUGGUCGAGUUAAGAAGCUAUCAUCUUUGGAACCCAAACCAAUGAGAAAUUCUGCUGACAGUUCACAUCCAUCAGCGAUGCAUAACCACCAUUCUAAUGGUUCUGGUUAUGUUUCUGGAAACCUUUCCAAUGUGAAAAUUUUGAGCAAGUCCAAAGAUUCUUUGGAACUCAAUGGCCAUGAGAUUAGGUCUGGACAGCCCCUGAUGGUUCCUGCUGAAAAUGGUGCGCAUUCUGAUAGAUCUAUUCUGGGACACCCACAAAACCAGGUGCCUAUUCAUGCAAGGGGCAGUCCUAAUUUUAUUGCUAAACAGCAGGGCAGGACUGCUUCUGCUGGAUUGGCCUCAAGAAGAUAGAUUUCUUUUGAAAGGUGAUAAACUUAAUUUGGACAACGAUGUCAAUUUAGCACAAGCAAGACACUCGGUACUUGAAGGGGCCUCCCAUCACAUUCAGGAUCUCCAUUAAUCUUUUGGUCUAACCGAAUUUCUGAUUGGAAUGUCCAUCUGAUUUAUGUUUUCACCCCUUUGUCCUGAUUGGAGAAUUUUAUAGCAACAUGUUUAUUCAAGCUAAAAUACAUACCCUUUUGCCCCCUUAUUCGUUUAUGUUAUGUUUGUUUUGGUUGGAAAUGGCUGCGUCUCAUAUUUUAUUUAACUCUUAAAUACUGA